GUCUUUCCAAUUCGUUUGUGCAACUCCUUCAAAGUGAGUAGUUAGAAGUAGCCACACUCGGUUACUUAGCCUAGAAAAAAGCCUAAAAAACCCAUAAAAAGUUUAAAAGCUAAAACCUACUUUUAAAAAUCUUCAAAAUUUUGAAAAAACUGUUUGUCAAAAAGUUCAAGUGAUGGCUCGUGAAAUGGCAAUGAACAACCAACCCAGCUACCCUAUCGCCUCCCUGUAUGUGGGUGACCUUCACAAUGAGAUCACUGAGGCUCUGCUCUUCGAGAGAUUUAGUCAAGCAGGUCCCGUGCUCUCUAUCCGUGUGUGUCGUGAUGUGGUGACAAGGAGGUCUCUUGGUUAUGCCUACGUCAACUUCCAACAGCCUGCCGAUGCUGAGCGUGCUCUGGACACCAUGAACUUUGAUGUUCUGAGAGGUCGCCCAAUGCGUAUCAUGUGGAGUCAGCGUGAUCCAUCUCUACGCCGCUCUGGUGUAGGUAACAUCUUCAUCAAGAACCUGGACAAGUCCAUUGACAACAAGGCUCUGUAUGAUACCUUCAGUACCUUUGGUAACAUCCUCUCUUGCAAGGUGGUCCUGAAUGAAGAGGGAAACUCUCGAGGGUUUGGAUUUGUGCACUUUGAGACACAGGAAUCUGCUGACAUGGCUAUAGAGAAGGUCAACGGCAUGUUGCUCAACGACAAGAAAGUAUUUGUGGGGCUGUUUGUGGCACGCAAGGAUCGCAUCUCUGACCAAGGGAGAGAGCAAGUCUUCACAAACGUCUUUGUCAAGAACUUUGGCGAGGACUUCACUGAUGACCAACUGCACGAGCUCUUCUCUCAGUUUGGUAAUGUUGUGAGCCAUGUUGUCAUGAGGGACCAUAUCUCUGGCAAAGGAAAGGGCUUUGGAUUUGUAUCUUUCGAGACCCACGAAAUGGCUCUCAAGAGUGUGGAAGUGCUCAACAACUCUGAGAUCAAUGGACGGCUCAUGUUUUGUGGCCGUGCCCAGAAGAGGAAGGAGAGACAGAUGGAGCUGCAGAGGAAACACGAGGCUGAGAAAAUGGAGCGUUUCACCAAGUACCAGGGGGUGAACCUGUACGUGAAGAACCUUGAAGAUGAGGUUACUGAUGAGAGACUACGUGAAGAGUUUGCCAAGUUUGGGAACAUCACGAGUGCAAAGGUUAUGAGGAACGAGGCGAGCAUCUCCAAGGGCUUUGGGUUUGUGUGUUUCUCAUCUCCAGAGGAGGCAACAAAGGCUGUGACAGAGAUGAAUGGACGUAUCAUAGUCUCUAAGCCUCUGUACGUGGCAUUGGCCCAACGCAGGGAAGAGAGGCAAGCACAUCUGGCACAACUGAGAAUGCAGAGAAUGUCCAACAGAAUGCCUCAGAGCCAGAUGCAGAUGUUCCCCCAGUUCUAUAUGCCCCAGACCCAGAGAGCUGCUUUCUUCCCCUCAAUGUCAACGUUCCGUCCAUGGCAGGGAGGCCCUGUCCAUCGCCCGUACGGAGGUGGCUACAUGCAGCACGGAGGAGGUGGUCAGCGUCACCGCUCUCUUGCCCCUCGAGGAGGACAGAUGGGAGGCAUGAACCGUGCCAACAAUCCUCAGAGGGGAGGGAUGGGCCAACGUGGAGGAAUGCAACAACAACCUCAGCAGUCAUCAGCUCUACCUAACCAACAGCCCCAUAGCAUGAAGUUCAACCAAUCUGUACGUAACCCUCCUGCUGGGUCUCAAGUCACAAUGCCUACAGGAGCUCCCACUGUUACCAACCAGGCGAGUGGAGCCACCCUCAACACAGCAGGCAACAAAGGUUUUGUGGCACAGCUGACUCAGGCUGAACCCAAUCAACAGAAGCAGCUCAUCGGGGAGCAACUCUACCGUGCCAUCUACAACACUUAUCCUGAGUAUGCUGGAAAGAUAACAGGAAUGCUGUUGGAGAUGGACAACUCUGAGCUGCUGCACAUGUUGGAGGUGGCUGACAGUCUCAAGGCUAAAGUGGAGGAGGCCAUGACAGUGCUGAGGGAGCAUCAGGACACACCCACCAUGCCCUCGGCUGUGGGGGUUCCCCUGCCCACCGAGAGCUAGGCUGCUACUAUGAGCUAUGAACUAAGAACUAAAACUCUGAUUGAACUCUGAUAUUAUGUAUAUUACGCUUGAUGUGAUUGCACUAAAAAAGAAGCUAUUAAGUUUCACAA